UCACAUCCAGGACAUCCUUCUUCUCCAGCAUUUAAAUGUUAACUUCUCCAUUAGUUACUCACUUUUAGACAACAGUCUCAGGAGUGUCUUCCCUCUGAAGCUUUGUCAAGAACCGCAGGAAUCUUCUCUCAAAUAUAGGUGAUCUUUUACUUCCUACCAGAUUGCAUCUAAAAGUUGGAGGUAGAGAUCUCUUGCCCUGCAGCCAAUUGUCCCAAGACUUUUGGGUUCCAAUUGACCUCACAAAACCAAGGAUGAAACAAUUAUUUUGGGGGUUACUUCUGGUGAGCUCAACAGUCUUGGCACAGGAAAGUACUGGUGAACGAAUCAUAGGCGGAUAUGACUGCAAACCAAAUUCCCGUCCCUUCCAGGCAGCCAUUGUAACUGGAACUAAAGGCAACUGGAGGAUUUAUUGUGGAGGAAGCUUGGUGCACCGGUGUUGGGUGCUAACAGCAGCCCAUUGUAGAGCCAGACAAAAAGUGAAGGUGUGUUUAGGAAAAUACAAUCUGAAAAAGGUUGAGCCAACAGAGCAGUGCAUGGAUAUCGCUGAAGCUGUUCCACACCCAGGUUACAAUAAAAAGAAAAUAGACAAGGACUACAUGCUUAUUCGGCUUAAACCCUGUGCCAAAAUAACCAAAGCAGUUAAUGUCACACGACUGCCUACCAGUUGCCCAAAUGAUGGGAAACGAUGUACUGUUUCAGGCUGGGGCACGAUCAAAUCACCUCAAAACAAACUUCCGGCCAAGAUGCAGUGUGCAAAUGUCAACAUUGUUCCAUCUAGUCAAUGCAAUAAAGCGUAUAAUGGUAAGAUCACUUCACACAUGUUGUGUGCUGGAGUACCUCAAGGAGGCAUUGACUCUUGCCAGGGCGAUUCUGGGGGCCCACUCGUCUGCAACGGGCUACUUGAAGGUGUGGUUUCCUGGGGGAAGUUUGUGUGUGCUUCAAGAGGGAACCCAGGAGUCUAUGCCAAAGUGUGCUGUGUUGUGCCAUGGAUUCAGAACACAAUUAAGAAGUGGAUACGCUCUCUCUAUGAAGGACACCACCAGCAACCAGGAAAACUCAGCCAGAUGACACCUAUUCCCUGCAAGGAUGUGCAGCUUUUCAAGUUAUUUCUACUUCUACUGAUACUUACAGGGACAGCCCAGGAUGAGUCUCGGAUCAUUGGAGGUCAAGAGUGUCCCAAGCACGCUCAACCUUUCCAGGUCAUCCUCUCCAACAGGAAGAAAAAUGAACCCGAUGUCCAGUGCGGUGGUGUCUUGAUAGACAAAGAUUGGGUACUUACUGCAGCUCAUUGUGACCAGCAGGGGGAUAUUCAUACCCGGAUGGGUGAUCAGAGCCUUCGAGACAACGAGGGCUCUGAGCAAUGCAUCACCUCUGAGCAGAAAUUCCGACAUCCAGCCUUCAAUCCCACCACACACAACAGUGACCUCAUGCUGCUAAAGUUGCGCAAUUCUGCUAUUAUCAACCAGUACGUCCGACCCAUUGAACUGGCUACCGAAUGCGCUCAGCCUAACACUCAUUGUGAGGUAUCAGGCUGGGGCACCAUCAAGUCACCACAAGUUGAAUACCCUGACCUCCUACAGUGUGCACAGGUCUACACAAUAUCCCAUGAAGACUGCAAACAGGCAUACUCAAGCUCUAUCACGGAAAACAUGCUAUGUGCUGGUGUGAGAGGAGGAGGCGUGGACUCUUGUCAGGGCGAUUCCAGGGGACCCCUAGUUUGCAACAACAGACUCCAAGGGGUCAUCUCCUGGGGGACGCAAAUCUGUGCCCAACCUGGGAAGCCUGGAGUUUAUACGAACGUCUGUCAAUUCGCCAAGUGGAUUCGCGGAACCAUGCAGAGAAAUUCAGGCAACCAAGCUGCGUACUCCCGCUAGCACAAUAAGGAAGACUUCACUGUAUUGGGAGGGAUCCCGAUGUCAGAAUAAAUGCUCUAGGAAAUUAAAUAUUAGCUUUCUCCCUGUGCAUUUCGCCAGCUUUCAUUACGUCCCUUUUUCUAUGCAUUUACACAUCCUCCAAAAUUUGGUGGUGAAAGUAGCAGCAUUGUAUACUACUAUAACCUUAUAACUGAAAAUUUGGAAAUAAUAAAUCGCUUCCUUUUAUAUUCAAAAAGCACGUAUAUUACCAAACCAUAUUUUUAAAAAAGCCUCCAUUGUUUUAUGAUCUCACCCUGCGCUCACAGCAGUGGGCAAGACACUGAGUUGUUUCCAAAAAAGAU